AUGGUGCUGCCACCUAAUACCCGCAGGGGACCAGUGGGGUGCAGCCCACUAAGGGUGCUCUGGCCCCUCCCCUCGCCCCCAGACGUGGAUCUACGACCCCCAGCUUACAAGGCAGGGCUGCGAAGAAAGGGCCAAGUCAGCCACCCCGGGUCCCAGUCAGGAGCCCGGCUGCCAGCCCACUCCUGGGGGCUGCUGGCCUCGGGGGACCGGCCGCGCCCAGACCCCUCCCUCAUUGCUGCGCCCGAGACCCGAGCGCUCUGCCCCACCUCAGCCGAGAGCCCCACACUGACUCCCGGGCUCUACGGCCCUUCUGCUUGCACCUGA